AUGAGCAUUGUUUCUUGGAUUUUUGGAAGACGCCUACCUACUAUAUCAACUACUCACAUGGCCGGCAUAAAGACUCUCGUCGACUCUCAAAUUCACGACAAUGCUGUCCAAAUGUACUCAAAGUCAUACUGUCCUUACUGCAAGAAGGCAAAGGCUUUACUGGACUCUAUGAACAUCAAAUACUCGGUUCUGGAGCUCGAUCAAAUAGAAAAUGGAUCCGAAAUUCAAAGGUAUCUCAAGGAAAAGACAUCUCAAACAACUGUCCCAAACAUAUUCAUCCAUGAACAGCACAUUGGUGGCAGCGAUGAUUUGCAUGCCGCAAAGGCUAAUGGAAGAUUGGAAAAGUUACUCAAAUUGUAG